AUGACGCUCUUCGGCAGCGGGGACGCGGGCUGGAGAUAUCUGGACAUGGCCAGCGAGCCCAAGCCGAGCCGGGCCAGGCUGGGCCAGAAGCGGCAGCACAGCAGCAGCUUGUCCCAUAACUGUGACCUGGACUGCAAUCUCUACAGGGAUGACAUCCCGUGCCGGGUGUACGAGUACCAGAAGAUCCCCCUGCUCAUUAACCGCAUCCCAGUCAAGACCAGACGGACUCAUUUGGGAGGAGGAAGCAAGAGAAGCCUGAGUCCCCAGCCUGGGACGAGGAGCAGCACCAGCUCUACAACAGGACGGAGGAAGUUGCGAGCCGAAGAGUUGCACUCCAUCAAGGGGGAGCUGAGCCAGAUCAAGGCACAGGUGGACAGUCUGCUGGAAAGUCUGGACCACAUGGACCAGCGGAGAGAGCGUCUCACGGGGUCCAUGGAAAGUGAGAAGAGGGAAGAGCUGAGCACAAAGUCRCCAUCUCCAGGGAGAGAGGAGUCAYGGGGGAAGGAGGGRACRGAGGCUGAUGGGCACAACGGCCUGCACAACAUCGACARUGCCGAGGAGAGCACAGACACAGAGGAGAUGGUGAAAACCCACAGGUCGGRCCCUGAGGGGAGCCAGUAGCUGGACUGGGAUGCCGUGGCCUUCCCGUAUGGCCAGUCCAUCCCAGCUUGUGGUCAUUAUUUCUUUUGAGGCUUCCAGGCAGUGCCACACACGUGAGGUGCCUGUCCUCAGCAAGGCCAUCCCCUGCCACUGGCAGCCCUGUGUCCCACCCUGGGAGUUGCCAGCCAGCUCUGGCGAGAGAAGUUUUUGUGUUCCAGUGUGCUUCUUUUCUUUUUCUUCCUCUUUUCAAACCUAUGGAUUAGCAGAGGUGGCCUGGGGAGGGAGGGGAGCAGUAAAAAACCAAAAGGACCGUAUCUUAAAGGAGCAUCCCGAAUCCCAUCUGCCUUGCUGCCAGUAUCACCUCAGCCACAUGAUACUGUGGAGCACAGAGAAAGUAGCCCAGGGUUCCCACCCCUACAGCACAGGUCACAUCCCAACUUUCAGAUCCUGGGAACUGGUACAGCAGGCAUGGGUAGAAAAGAGUGGCUUUCAGAGCUGCUC